AUGCAGCUCUCACUUUGAGCUCAAAACAAGCUCAUCUACUUGCGACUGCUCAUACAGUCCAGUUCAAAGUGAAUUGCACAGAUCCAUAUAUGGCAAUGGAUAUUUGCAUAAUAGGCCUACUACAGCUCUGAUUGGUUAUGGUGCACCGGUCUGUGUAGAGGGCCUGAGUCGGGAAGUCAGUGUAAUGGAAUCCUACGCCAGUGCGCUCUGUUUACAGGAAGAUAUAUUGCACACUCUGCCCACGGCCUCAGUGAAGAUAGUCACUCCACAGGGUCUCCUCUACCCUGGAGAUACAGUCACUCUGCAGUGUGACAUAUCAGACUACACAGACUGGACGUACCGCUGGUUCAGAGACAACCGAGAGCUUCCCAUUCAGACCAGAAAAAACACCAUCUCUCUCCCUGACCAGGCUGGUCAGUACAAGUGUGUUGGGAGGAGGAGCGGUCGGCCCCAGAAUUCAUAUGGCAGAUUUUCUCUCCCCAUCAUCAUCACGGCUCUUCCCAAAGCUACACUGACUGUAAAACCCAACCCUGUGUUCCCUGGAGAGACAGUUACUCUGACGUGUUCAGUAGGGUCUGACAGUAUCUGGAGCUAUCAGUGGUACAAAGACAGGAAUGAUAAUGUAGUAUCCCAGUCUGUCAGACACACUAUAACAGGAGACACCCUCACCAUCAGUAGUGUUGCUGAGUCUGACCAGGGUCUCUACUGGUGUCAGGGAGAGAUCCAGUCCAGAUCCAUAUCAUCAAUCAUCAGUGAUCCUGUCAGAGUCACCCUGAAUGCUCUGCCCAAAGCUACACUGACUGUGAAGCCAAACCCUGCAUACACUGGAGAGACAGUUACUCUGACGUGUUCAGUAGGGUCUGACAGUAGCUGGAGCUAUCAGUGGUACAAAGACAGGAAUGAUAAUGUAGUAUCCCAGUCUGGCAGACACACUAUAACAGGAGACACCCUCACCAUCAGUAGUGUUGCUGAGUCUGACCAGGGUCUCUACUGGUGUCAGGGAGAGAACCGGUCCAAAUCCAUAUCAUCAAUCAUCAGUGAUCCUUUCACCAUCACUGUGAAUGCUCUGCCCACGGCCUCAGUGAAGAUAGUCACUCCACAGGGUCUCCUCUACCCUGGAGAUACAGUCACUCUGCAGUGUGACAUAUCAUACUACACAGACUGGACGUACCGCUGGUUCAGAGACAACCAAGAGCUUCCCAUUCAGAACAGAAACACCAUCUCACUCCCUCACCAGGCUGGUCAGUACAACUGUGAUGGGACAAGGAGCGGUCGGCCCCAGAAUUCAUAUGGCAGUUCAGAUCUCCACAUCAUCAUCACUGCUCUUCCCAAAGCUACACUGAUUGUAAAACCCAACCCUGUGUUCCCUGGAGAGACAGUUACUCUGACGUGUUCAGUAGGGUCUGACAGUAGCUGGAGCUAUCAGUGGUACAAAGACAGGAAUGAUAAUGUAGUAUCCCAGUCUGUCAGACACACUAUAACAGGAGACACCCUCACCAUCAGUAGUGUUGCUGAGCCUGACCAGGGUCAGUACUGGUGUCAGGGAGAGAUCCGGUCCAGAUCUAUAUCAUCAAUCAUCAGUGAUCCUGUCAGAGUCACCCUGAAUGAUAGUCUUCCGACGGCUACACUGAGUUUAGACCAAGCGAACGUAUUCACAGGAGACAGAGUGACACUGACCUGUACAGUAGAGUCUUAUGGAUGGAAGUUUUACUGGUACAGACACAGACCAGACUCUACACCAGUAACCUCAACCUCUGGAUACUCCUACCCACUCAGCAGGGUCAGUGUCUCUGAUGGAGGACAGUACUGGUGCAGAGCUGGGAGAGGAGACCCAGUCUACUAUACCCUGUACAGUGACCCAGUCCAGAUAAAUAUUACUGAGAGACCUGUUGCUGUUCUGACCCUCCAACCCAACUGGACACAGAUAUUCAGAGGAGAGACUGUCACUAUGAGAUGUGACAUACAGGGAGGAGGAGACACUGAAUGGCAGUAUGAGUGGUAUAAGAAUGGUUAUUCAGUCUACCGGUACUCUAAUACAAAGUCUGAGUACAGAAUCAGUCCUGUCUACGUGUUUAGCAGUGGUUCAUAUACCUGUGAGGGUGUAAAGGGAAACAAGUUCUCCAAGACCAGUGAUGCUGUACAACUGACUGUGUCUGAUCAACCCAAGGCUGUCCUGAGUAUCUCUCCUCAGUGGCUGAACCCUGGAGACUCAGUGUCUCUGAGCUGUGAAGUUGACAAGACGUCUACAGGCUGGAGGUUCUCCUGGUACAGGACUGUUCCAAAUUUAACAGAGCAGUCCUACUCUUUUCAGCAUCUACCAGAAGCAGGCAAUGGGACUACUGAAGACUCCUACACUCUGAUCCCUGCUGGUCCUACUCACACAGGAGGAUAUGUGUGUAGAGCUGGGAGAGGAGACCCAGUCUAUGACACACUCUACAGUGAACCUCAGUUUCUCUGGUCAGGAGAUCUGCAGCCUUUAGUCUCUCUUACAGUAAAUCCCAACUCAACUCAGCAUUUUAGAUGGACAUCUCUCUCACUGAGCUGUGAGCUGAAGGGGAACUCUACUGGAUGGAGACUGAAGAGAUAUACAGAGACAGCAUGGCCGUCAGAGUGUCCAUCUACCUGGAGAUCAAUAACAGAAUCCACCUGCACCAUCAAAUCAUUGAACACAUGGUACAGUGGAGUGUUCUGGUGUGAGUCUGGAUCAGGAGAGUACAGUAAUGCUGUCAACAUCACAGUAAAUGCUGGUGAUGUGAUCCUGGAGAGCCCUGUCCAUCCCGUGACUAAAGAAGACUCUGUGACUCUGCGCUGUAAAUACCGGACAAUCAGCUCAAACUUCAAAGCUGAUUUCUACAAAGAUGGAGUACUCAUCAAGAAUGAGACCACAGGAGAGAUGACCAUCCCUACAGUAUCCAAGUCAGAUGAAGGAUUCUAUAAGUGUAAAUCUGGUCAAGGAGAAUCACCAGAGAGCUGGGUGACAGUGAGAGUCUCUCCAGUCGUAGCUCCUGGAUCCUCUACAUCAGUCCUAGUAGGAGUGGUUGUGGGUCUGGUUGUUGCUGGUGUUCUACUGGUCAUUCUCCUGGUCCUGCUGUGGAGAAAUCAAAACAGCAAAGGUUCCUACUUCAACAGAAUAUUCUGGCCCCCUCAGCCCCAGAGCACCAACCAGGACCCCCAACAGGACCAAGGAUCUACCCAGGGCCAGGCUCCUGAUACUGGGUAUACACAUCUGCAGCAUGGUGACGCUAACAUCUACGAUACGAUCAAUCCCUCAGACAACAAUGAUAAUGAUGCUGCUGGUGCUUCUGCUGCUGGACCAAGUCAUGUGAUUUACGCCCAGAUUCAACUGAACAAGUUGGACAAGAAAAAUAAAGUAAAGAGAGAUUAUCCAAAAGAAAAUCCUGUCUACUCUGAGGUGAAGACAGGGAAAGCCACAGCAACAGCUGGACCUGUUGAUGUGACCUAUGCUGAGGUUGACCUCCAAAAGAAUGUCAAAGCCAAGAAGAAGAGAGAAACAGCAACCCCACCUGAAGCAGAAUCUGUCUAUUCUCUAGUGAAGCCAUACACCGUCCCCGGUCCUUGAGGGAGAUGGAGGGACACACCAUCAGAGGAGGAGC